GUAGUCUGAAGUAUUCUCUACUUCCUAAAAUAGAUAUCGCAAAAUUGGUAACUGGAAUAUAUUGGCCAGGUUGCUUGUAUUUUAAUAAACCAUACUAUUUCAAACUUUAAAACACAGUGUCCGUUAUGUAAAUACAGAGCAUGCCAACAAGCUCAUGUAAGUGAUACGAAGCAACAAUAAUUACAUGUAACGAUACUUUUAAUUUAACUGCGACUAGUAGUUCCAUCCAAGUUAGUGAUCAACCAUCACAAGUGAUAAAAUAACUAGCUAAUGUUAACUGCCUGCAAAUGGUCGUUUCAGAGGUAGUGACACUACUGUCUUGAAAAGCGUCCGUCUUUGGGUGGCCAUUGAAAGCAGAGGGAAGAUAAAUCAUGUUGACUGAUGUUAGUUAGCUAACUUAUAAUCCAUGCUUGCUCAUUUUUUUAAGUUAUGCUGUUCUUUGACUGUAUCUAGUACUGCUGCUGCUACUACUUAAGUGAUUUCUGUACCUACUAGUUGAUGUAAAAGCCUAUGCUAAUUAUAGGCUAUGAAACAUUUUUAAACACAGUUUUAAACAUAGACACCGUCAGUGCCCAUGACGGAAGAAAAACAAAAAGAGCAGCUUUUCAGAAUGGCCACAGGCCCCAGUCUUUGUGAAUGAUAUAGCUGGGGGCGGGUCGGUAAGGUAACGCUGAGUGGCUGGUAUAAGAGGAGGAAAUGAUCAUUUGUCCAAUCACCUUGAUGCCUGUCAGUCACGAUGAGUCGUGUCUCGUCACCUCUCUGCUGUGUCUGCAGCUGAGCACUGUGGGCCGAGCCGAUGCAUGUCUCUCUCGCCGGGCAGAGAAAAUAAAUGAAUACAUAUAUAAGUAGAAAUAAAAUUAAAAACGGCUCAUUGUUGAUCGGCCCACUAGAAAAAAUCCUGGUACUCCCGAUGGCCAGUCCACCCCUGCAAUAGCAGUUCUCUCGAGUGGCUGUGCCUGUGUGUGUCCAAGAGUGUGUUAAUGUGUGCGUGCAGUGCGCACGAGCGUGCGCUUGCAUUUAGGGCGGGGGUGGGGGGCACAAAAAAUAUUCACACUGGGGCCUAUCACCAUGAUGUUAUGCUACUGCAGAGACAUAAAAAUGUAAAUGCAAAUUUCAACCCCAAACCUUUUUAUACUUGGAUCUCUUGUUCAAAUAUCUAUGUAUCAGUAACCUCCUCUGCCUCUGUGGAUCAGCCUCAACUACUACACAUAGUGACAGUCCUACUAACUGCUCUGUUCUUUGACCACAAGUAAAACAUCAUCACAAGCUGUGACUUCUCUUCUGAAAAGGGUGCGGUGUCGUAUCAAUCACACCCACAUUCAAAGGCUGUGCAUUGAGUCUGUGGUGGACAGGAAGCUUUGCAGAGUAGAGGAAGGAGAGAGAAGAAAACACAUCACUUUAUUUUGAAUUGAAAACAAUUAAAGAAGCUUUAAGAUCCAACAGGAGCUUUGUGAUUGCCUGGAAAGAGUUUCAACAUGUGUGUAAACCUGUCGCUGAUGCUGAUGCUGCUGUUUCUGUCUGGUGCUGUUUGCAGCGAACGGAAAGUGACAUAUCAGCAGCACAUCUGUGCAGUGAAAGGCUCGUCUGUUGUCAUUCCAUGUUCAUUUUACUAUCCUGAGAACCUGCAAGUGAAGAAAGUCAUGUGGGGUCAUGAAAAGUCCAACAUUUUUGAUGGUCCUUUCAUAUUUGAGAGUGAGAUGAAUGAAACUGCCUCGAGAUUUCAAUACAUCGGAGACAAAGAACACAAUUGUUCUUUUAAAAUACACGAUGUAGAGAAAAACGAUGCAGGAAAAUAUGCCUUCAGAUUUAUGACUAAUGAUAAAAGCAGUUAUACUGGUACAGCUGGCUCGACAUUAAAGGUUAUUGAUUUGAAUGUUUCAAUGAUGAGACCCAAUGACAACAGAGUGACAAAGGAAGGCGACUCUGUGAAUCUGACCUGCAUAAACGGCUGUGACAGCGAUCACCUUUCAUCUGCUUUCACCUGGUUUAAGAACGGAGAACCCAAAAAUGAAGGACCUGUUCUUUAUUUAAGCAACAUGAACCCCACUGACUCUGGAAACUACUCCUGCUCUCUAAAGACUCACACAGGAACAGCUUCACGAGUCAUAAACAUCAACGUUGAAUAUGCCCCGAAGAACACGUCAGUGUCCGGCAGGCCGUUGAUGGAGGUGGAGGCCGGCACCAACAUCACCCUGAUCUGCAGCAGCCACGCAAACCCUCCAGUGGAUUAUACCUGGUUUAAGAUAGAUGAAAGUCAUGUUCUGGAUGUUGGACACCAGCCUGAGUUGUUCACUGCUGAUGGAGGCCAGUAUUUUUGCAUCGCCACCAACAAACAUGGAAGACAAUACUCCUCUGUUGUGACUGUAAAGAUUAAAGAGAGGUGGCCGUCAUUCAACAGAGAUGUACUCAUUAUCACACUUUCUGUGGCUGUCCUUCUGAUUGUGAUCGCUGCUGUCGCUGUCAUGAAACUCAAAACAAGACCAAGAGCAGAAGAGACCAACUGUGAGGAGGACAGUGAGGAUGCAGACUAUGUCAACAUGCCUGAUUUUUGCACUAAACAGUCCCAACAGAGAAGCCAGGGAAGGAGCAAGAAAAAAAGGACAAGAGCAGAAGAGACCAACUGUGAGGAGGACAGAGAGGAUGCAGUCUAUGCUAACAUGACUGUGAUGAAAAAACAAUCAAAAGGGAGACGCCAGGGUGAGGGAGCCACAGGAAGCAGCAGACAGACUCCCACCAUGAUGAGGAAAGUGUAGUUUACAGGACAAUGUGCAGGAACCGACUGUUGGAGCCUUCCAUUAUGACCACGGUGGUGUUCAGAAGUGUUAAUGUGUCAGGACAAGGAGGAGACUGGUUUACCAACUACUGACUCCUACAAGUGAUAGUUAUUGUUUCCCCCCCAGAUGAAGACCCGCUGUAUGAGGAGCCAAGACGGCUCAUGUUUCCAUGUUACGCUGGUUUCUUGGUCGACUUGGUUUGGUCUUUUAUUUCAGCCGUUCUCCACCAUCGUCAGCUCCAGCCAUGUGAAGACUCAAUGUAAAUAAAUCAACGCUUCAUUCUCAACAGUCUGUGGCUGUUUGGGAGAAGAUGAGCUGUAUUCAUGUUGUGUCUUGGUGAACCCUGGUCAGGUGUGAUCCUUCAUAUGUGUGUUUAUCACGUGCUAUUUUGCAGAAAUGUUCAAAAUGUCUUACAGGUGUACAGAUGUGAUGUUUCGUUGAAUUAAGUUUUUAUUUCCUGACAUUUGACAAAUCUCUGAGAUAAACAUGUCUCAGAUUUUCAUAAAAGAGAAAAAGUUACAUUUUGUAUUUUGUAUUCAUGUUUUUGUGUUUCUUUCAACAUGAGGCAGAACUCAUGGUCAAUAAAACCAGUUUGCUAACAGC